AUGGACGACGACGAUCAACACCAACAAGAGGAUUUGGAAAGGAUCCGCGAAGAAGUCAUUUACGCCGAGGAGGUGGACCAGCCAAGGAUUGAAUCGAUUCGACUCGACAAACGAGAUUUGGAAUGCAUCCUCCAGGCGGUCAGGAAGCUAAUGCCCUUGCAGAACUCUGAGGGCGUAGGAAGCAUCAUAGCUUCAGUUGUGCAGGAUCUCACGGUGCGGAACGACACGCUCAAGAUCGCGGACGAACAUCCAGGAGUCUUUCAAUUUUUGGACAUUAAGAGCAAAUCGGACUCACUGAAGGUUACCGACCCACGUCUAAGCGAAUUUCUUGAAGCAGUGAAGCCAAAGGAGGAAUCCACAACCAGAAAAAGGAAACUCGGACAACCCGCGGCGCCCUUUCGCAAGCGGGAAGCAGCCUGGCCACCUGCUUCCCGCCAUCCGGACCUCUUCUCAUUCGAAGGCCCCUCUUCAUACGACGCGCGGUUCAACACGUCAUAUGGGUAUCCGUCAUCAUCGGACAGAAGCCGCUACAGGAGAAAAUUUUCACCACCACGUCGCUUCUCAGAAUACAGGAUAUCGGCUCGGGACCAAGACAGAAGGAAGAGUCAGUGCAGAAAAUGCGGGCAAGAAGGACAUUGGUGGAGGGAAUGCCCAUGCAACAAAUGGUAA